GAGGGACUCAUUAACCAAGUAGCCAUCGAUGUAGAUGGUUCGGAAAGGCGUGACCCACAAAUGGAUUGGUGAAAACCUGUGACACAGUGUUUGUGAAAAAGAAAUAGGUUAAAAUGAAUCCCCUUGCCCUUUUGGUCGCUUUUAUGCUGAUGGGGGACGUUAGGGCGAUAGUUGAACUGAACUGUAGUGAUAAUGCUACGUGUAUAGACCACAUGGCGAAGGAGAUUCUGAGGAGUUUGAAGGAGCAGAAAUCUGUGAGGGUGUUCAAUGUGUUAACGAUAGAACCAUUGAGGACGAGGCAGGCGCGGUCAAAGGACUGGUGGCUGACGAACUUCUUGGAUAGUCACGCGUUUAGUUUUGACUGGAACGACUACACCUUCAGACUAUCACAGGUGGAUGGACGCAAUGACGCAUUGGAUUUGGAGAUCUACGAUGGAAGAACUGCUAAAGUGGUCGAUAAAUCAACUCCCGAGCAAGAGGGCCUGGAUUCUAGCUCCAAGCCAGAUGUUUCGGAUCCGAACGCGAAAAAAUCGAGCAGCAAAAAUGAAGAAGAGAAACCUGAUGAUAAGAAAGCGGUCCACAAGUUGGGUCUACGCAGGCGUCAGAAGAAGAAAGUGAUGCAAGUGAUAAUCCCUCUCUUAUUCGGCAUGAAAUCAGCAGGGAUGGCAAUGUUCGCCAUGGCGAUAGUAACCGUGUUGACCUUGAAGGCAUUCUUAGCGAGCAAAGUGGCACUCCUGGUCACAGUAGGAAUGGCAGUCAAGAAGCUGUAUGAGACUUAUGGAAGUGGCGUCGGUUUACAAAACCACCCGUAUCUUUACUCGCAAUAUCCGAUCGAUUUUCCGAGCGCCUCCUCGCACGCAUACUCCGUUAGCGGAGUGAGCCCACAAUUCGCGUCACCGGAGAUGUAUAGCCCCACCGCGAUGGGAGCCCACGGGCAGACCAAUGAGAUAAUACACCAGAGCGACGCGAGCGCUCAGCAGUCGCAACAGGCGCCCACAAUGCUCGUUAACUCAACGAGAGCGGCUGAGAGAUGGGACGGCUUCCGGAGACGUCCAAUGUUUUAUGGACAGUCGCGCGCUACUUCAGAAUCCUUUUCGGCCUACCGCCAUCGCCAUUGAAUCCAGCCCAGACUAUGACCAUGCCCAUGUUCGUAAUGCCACAGAUGUACGGUCCCCCCAUCACAAUGCCGCCGUCUCAGUAAACAAAAUUGGACACACACAUGGAUCAAGUGGCGAUUUUAAUGCCAAGCAUAACGCCAAGCUAAAUGCCAUUCUGUCACGUGGCUUGAUCCGAGUUUUGUGAUAAUCGUGGCAGUCUGGCAUUUAGCUUAAAAUAACAAUAGCAAUGUUUUAAUUUCCUGGACAUGGAAAUUUUUCUUUUCACUUAAAUUUGGCCCUUGUCUCGUCCAGAACUUAAGACAUUGCGACUCCCGACCUUAAAGACUGAAAACUUAAUAUUUUGAAAUGCGCGAGCCCGUCGACUUUAUUUUAAUUGUAUUGUAAUUUAUUUUUAAGUUAUUUAAGACUUAUUUAUUCAGCACUUAGUUAAAUACAAUAAUGUUAAAGAAGUG